AUGCCCUCCAUCCGCAAAACCACAGAGAUCCACAACCCCUCCGACAUCCUCGCGCGCGCAUCCCGUCCGCAGUAUAGCUCGAAUCACCUACCGCGCCACCGAGACUGGCGCCACACUACAAGUGUCUUCCGCCACGACGACGAAGACGAUCCGAGCUACCGGGGUCGAGAAAGCACAGUCUGGGACGAGCUGGACUGGGACGCGCAGAUCGGCGUUUUCGGGAAGGAGAAGAGGAGCUACGCCAUGAAGAAGGUUACUUGGGAUCAGAGUGUCGAGGACAGGGAAGAGAAGCAGGAAGUGGCGUUUACUGAAAUUGAGGACAGACCAGAGGAGCAAGAAGUGCCGUUGCCUGAAGACGAGGGCGGCCUGGGAGAGCGGGGCUGGGUUAUGAUGGGGCUUGAUGGGGUGAUGGAGACUGGCACGCCGGAGACUGUUGAUGCGCCGGCGCGACUUGUGAAGAUUGAGGAUGUUGGCGGAGUACUGGAUACAUCGAAGAUGGCAGGUAAAGUCGCGCCGAGAAAGAUUCUCAAGAGUGCGGUCCAAGCCAGACGAAGCCAUCGGCGUCCUUGCUCGCGAGCAGAUGUUGUUGCGGGUUUUCAGCGAAGUGAAGAGCACACUGGCGCGGAGGCAGAGGAAGACGAGGAAGCGUGGGUCCAAACACGAAUGGUUGUUCGCUUGAAAUUCUCUUGUCGAGGAUCGGACGAGGUGCAGCGGAUACUCGCCAAUGAGCCAACGGACGGAGAGACCCAAGCUGUGACGCCGGGUCCUUCAGGGGCGGAUGCAUUUGGCGAAGCACCAGUCAUCCUCGCCGAAACACCAGUUAUCCCGGAGACUCCCCGUGCAAGUCCAAAGGUGGUCGAUGUCGACACUUUGGAUAUUUCAACGCCAGAGUCGACAACUCCGUAUACGCGCGCUCCCGACACUGAUCGACCAUUGCGAUCAAUCGCUCCCUUUGAGCGCCAAUGGUUCGACGAGACGCAGAACUUCAACAUGAAAGAAGUCGUAGCAACCUCGAGGGCCCCAGGUAGCGAGCAUCUUCCUCUCUCAGACUUCUUCAACUGGUUUCCGGAGGCUGUUCCAGUGGACGCAAUCUUUCCUCCCGGCGUCCCCCUAUCAGCAAAAGAGAUCAUGGCGUUCUACCCUCACCACAUCCGCUGGAAAGGUGUUACUCUGCGCCUGGUCAACAACUCAUACUUUGGUGAGACAAUCACCGCCAUGCAAGCCUUCUUCCGCGACAAGGACAAGCAUCCCCUAACCAUCACCAACGUCAACCAAUUCUUCCGGGACGCUCUCAAGACUGAUUUACCCCACUUCAAAGUUUCCAACUUCCAAGGCAAACCGGAUCGGAAUUUGUACACUGACCACCUGAAACCUCUGAAGCUCCUCAAUGGGACGCGCCAUGGGUUUGUUGUGCCCACCUUCAACGAUUUGCUGAGAGGUCUCGUGUACUUGCCCGCUGGACUCGAUGCGCGGGGUCUGACGCAGUGUCUGUCGUGGUAUCUAAACGUGCGAGAUACCUUUACUCCACGGCUGGAACUGAACGCUCUACACACACAGUCGCUUAUCCGGGCGUUGCGUAUGCCGCUGAAGACCUAUGGGCCGCAGAAUCUCGACAAGCGGGCGUUGCAGGAGUGGAAGGACGCUGGACAAUUCGCAAAGAGGCGCCUCGAAGACGAGGCAAAGCAUUCCGACACUGAGAGCAUCGAUCGCUCGCAUGAGCAGCUGAAGAGGUCGAGGGUAACGAUUGAUCCCGAGGCAGAGACUCUGCAUGUCGGUGUGGUGGUGAAGCUACGUCAUGUGCUCACGUUCCCAUACCUUGCUAUUGGUGGAAUGAUGUGCACGGCUCUCGAGAUGGGCAUUGAGAAGGCUGAAGCACGGAGUGCAGCGAGGGAGGCGCAUGAAGGGAGUCAGGGCAGUGAAGAGCCACAGACUGGUGUUGCUGCCGAAGAGAAGGAAGUGGAAGAUACGACGGAGAAGUCGGUGCAAGAGAAGGAAGGAUCAGCGGAGACGAUUCUUCCAGAUGAGGCAGGACCGCGAUAUGAUGACAAGAUGCCAAAUAUUAUCUCACCGAGCAUGCCUGCGGGUUACAAGAUUCCUAAGAGGAAGCGACCUGUAGUUGAGGAAGCCACGACGGAAUAUGAGUCCUCGCAGCGGGCAAGUCCGGCCCCUGGAGUGCCGGGCGCACCACUUGGGCCACGUGCAAUGUCCAUACCAGAACGUCGCCAUGCUAUCGCUCCCCGUCCUCUCACUUCCACUGCGCCAUGGGGACCUAGCCGCGGAGCUCUACCGUUCUCAGGCCCUACAACUGCACCAGCAUCACAGUUCAGCGACCGACGUAGUCACGCUCCCGAUCAAUACCAUUCAACACCGUACUCAAGCACGUUUUCCGGUCAUCACCGUCCAUCGCCAUAUGCGAGCACAUUCUCCGACCAUCACCGUCUACCGCCCUACUCAAGUACAUUCUCCGACCAUCACCGUCCAUCGCCAUACUCGAGCACAUUUCCCCACCUUGCUCAGCGUAGCCAUCAUGGUUACCGGGACGCAUCAGGAAGAAGCGCAGUCGACGGUCCCCAGCACCACUUUGACGAUAGGGCAAGGUUCCCGCCACGCAACGCGCGAUACUCGUCCGCUUUUCAGCCUGAGUCAACUGCGCACAAUGCUUCAAGCUGGUCGGAGUAUAGCAGUCGUCGAGAACACUGA